UGCAGUCGUCCUCCUCCUCCUCCUCCCUCCUUCUCGUCCAUCAGAAGGAGGACGCGCACACACACAGGAAUUGGGACGACUUACUCCGCAGCCAGCCGCGCUGUACUGUUCCGUAUGUGGCCGCUCGAUGAGGUGACCUAUGCAUCGCCAGUAGCCGUCAAAAGCGGGGACAUCCCCUGUUCGUUCUUUUGAGUUGAGCAUGAGUAUGGAGGAUUAUGACUACCUGUUCAAAAUCGUUCUGAUCGGGAACGCCGGAGUCGGGAAGACAUGCCUCGUACGCCGCUUCACUCAGGGCCUGUUCCCGCCUGGACAAGGUGCAACAAUCGGGGUGGAUUUCAUGAUUAAGACGGUGGAGAUUAAGGGGCAGAAGGUGAAGCUGCAGAUAUGGGACACCGCGGGCCAGGAGAGGUUCCGCUCCAUCACUCAGAGUUACUACCGCAGUGCCAACGCCCUCAUUCUCACCUACGACAUCACCUGCGAGGACUCCUUCCGGUGCCUUCCCGAGUGGCUGCGGGAGAUCGAGCAGUACGCCAACAACCAGGUGGUCACCGUCUUAGUCGGUAACAAGAUCGACCUGUCGGAGAAGCGCGAGGUGGCUCGGCAGCGUGCCGAGGACUUUGCGGAGGCGCAGCGCAUGCUGUACCUGGAGACCUCCGCCAAGGAGUCGGACAACGUGGAGAAGCUCUUCUUGGACUUGGCUUCGCAGCUCAUCCGCGAGGCCAAGCACAACAAGCUGGACGACAACGAGGCGGCGCCCGCGCCCGGCGAGGGCAAGACCAUCAGCUACCUGAGCUGCUGCAGCCUCAACUAGCGCGGCGGAAGCGGAUGCGCCCGCUUCCUCUCCCGUCCUCGUGGCGACCGAUCACGCCGCAAGCGUCGGUAUUCACCAGCAGUGUUCGGAACGCUCGGCCAGGUGGCAUCCCGUUGCCGUUUACGUUGCAGAAUGUGCUUUCUUUCCUAAUCCGUCGCACAAUUGUCUUGCCCGCGUGGAGAGCCGUUACAGCGUUGAGUGCAUAUCCUUCCCCGACACGUUACUAGUAUUUCCUUUGCCCUCACGGGAAAGACCGCUCGGAACACUACUAUUGUCGCCGCUACUGUCGGACAUCUAAUGUGCAUUUUCUUUUUGGCCUUAUUAGUAACAUGGCGGCGGCCCGGUAGUCCAGUGGUUAGCACGUUGGCUUCACAAUGCAGCGGUACCGGGUUCGAUUCCAACUCCGGCCUCCCUGUGUGGAGUUUGCAUGUUCUCCCCGGGCCUGCGUGGGUUUUCUCCGGGUGCUCCGGUUUCCUCCCACAUUCCAAAAAUAUGCGUGGCAGGCUGAUUGAACACUCUAAAUUGUCCCUAGAUGUCUCUGUGUGCCCUGCGAUUGGCUGGCAACUGAUUCAGGGUGUCCCCCGCCUACUGCCCGAAGACGGCUGGGAUGGGCUCCAGCACCCCCCGCGACCCUAGUGAGGAUUAAGCGGUUCAGAAAACGGACGGACGGACGGGUACUAACAUGGCGUUUUCCUACAACGGUCCGCCGCACCUGACGAGAGAUUUUCCGUGGUAUCCUUGUACUCGUAUGCUCUUUCCUCACGAGCAAGAUAAUUCAGCGUACUGGUAGGACGACUAUGCGCAGUAGUCCAAUAACUUGAGUCUUACAAGUUUUUUUCGCUACUAUUGCCCGACAUGUGCUACUAGUGGACCGGAAUGUUUUACGAGUGAGGGUUAAGAGUAUAUUAGUACAUGGAGUUUAGGAUGGAUAUCAAAGUAUUGACUAAAAGGGUACUAGUACGCUCCUUGGCCUCACCGGUUCGACAAUUCAGCGUAUUACUAGAAUGGCUGGUUGAACUAGUAACAUACUUUUUUUUCUUCUCCACUAGUGCUUUCCACGACUGUAUGACAUUGCUGCACACGAGGAGGACAGGUCCAUGUUACGAGUGCGCGCACCUUCAGGUCUGCGUACAAGUACACUCUUUGUCAUCGCUCGUAAGACGAAUCGGCACGCUAGUAUAGGAUAUUCAGUAACUAGUGCCAUGACUGAUACUAAAA